AUGGCAGGCGAAUAUGGCAACUACAACACCUCGGCCGUGCCAGCCUCCGUCGACAUCAUGGGUUUCUCAUGCAGAUUCCCAGAGUCCGAGACCCCCACCCAGUUCUGGGAGAACCUGGUGGCGGGCACAGACAUGGUCACGGAAAAUGACCGCCGCUGGCCGGUCGGACUUCACGGCACCCCCGGCCGCUUCGGCAAACUGCCAGAGUACCACCUCUUCGAUGCACCCUUCUUCUCGGUCCACGGCAAGCAGGCAUCUAAAAUGGACCCGCAGAUGCGCAAGCUAUUAGAAGUGACGCACGAGGCCUUUGUGGACUCCGGCAUCGACUACAAGGCGCUGCGCGGCAGCCCGCGAGUGGGAGUGUACCUGGGCUGCUGCGGCUCAGAAGUGCACGCCAUGUGGCUCAGCGAUUACAACAACAUCACCGGCUACGAGCAGACCGGGUGCACGCUGUCCAUGUUUGCCAACCGCCUCUCCUUCUUCUUUGACUUCAAGGGGCCCUCCAAGGCGGUGGACACAGCGUGCUCUUCAGCGUUCAUGGCACUGCACGACGCGGUGCUUGACCUGCAGAGGGGCCGGGUGGACUACGCAGUGGUUGGAGGCUCCAGCGCCAUCUUCCGCCCAGCCACCUCCCUGGCCUUCCUUAGGCUGAAGAUGCUGUCCCCCGACGGCGCGUGCAAGUCCUUUGACGCGAGCGGCAACGGCUACGCGCGCGCGGAGGGCGUUGCCUCCAUCAUCCUCCGCCGCUCGGACGUCUUCGACACCCCCAUCGUCAUCCCUCGCGAGCCCUACGCGCGCGUCAUGGGCAUUGGCACCAACAACGAUGGCCACACAGAGCAGGGCAUCACCUUCCCCUCUGGCCCUGCGCAGCAGGAACUGGGCACUGCGGUUUGCAGAGCAACAGGCAUAGACCCUUCAGAUAUUCAGUAUGUGGAGGCGCACGGAACUGGAACAGUUGUGGGCGACAGCCAGGAGCUCAGCGCCAUCGAUGGCCUUUACGGAGCAGGGGCUGGGCACACGCCUGAGGAGCCACUCCUCAUCGGUUCAGUCAAGUCCAAUAUGGGGCACUGUGAGGGCUGCUCCGGACUGGCCGGCCUCAUCAAGGUCUGCCUGUCAUACGAGAACGGGCUCAUCCCAGGCAACCUGCACUACAAGGAGCCCAACCCCAACAACGAGUCCCUGAAGACCGGAAUCCUCAAGGUGGUCACCGGAGCGACCCCGUGGCAGGGAGGCUUGGUGGCGAUCUCCUCCUUCGGCUUUGGAGGCUCCAACGUGCACGCCAUCAUUGCUGGCUGCGUGCGGCCCAGAGGCGAGCCGCCGCGGCCGCUGCUGGCCCCGGUCCCGGCCGACGCGGCGGAGGCCAUCGAAGGCGGCGAGACCGUCAUCAAGGAGGUCAAGGACGAGGAGCCGCUGUUCCCUCCCGAGCUGAUCAUCCCCAUUGUGGCGCGCACACAAGAGGGCUCCCAGAGCCUGCUGGAGGCCAUCAAGGCUCGCGCAUUCAUGGCGGACAAAAUUGCACUCCCUCUCAAGAGGCUGGCCAAUCACCUGUCGGACGACGUGGGCAAGCUGGGCUUCAGGGGGACCAUCUGCAACGGGGAGGCCAAGUGGGAGCACGCCAAACUUGGCCACGCACCGCCCAUCUGGUUUGUCUUCUCAGGCAACGGCAGCCAGUGGCCCAAGAUGGCGGAGCCGCUGCUGCGGUCUAGCGCGGUGUUCCUGCACGCAGUGCGCAAGUGCGCGGACGCGCUGAAGCCGCACGGCGUCGAUCUGAUGGCCGAGUUUGGCAAGGAGGACGGCUGGAAGCACCCCGCCCUCGCCAUGGUCGGCCUUGUGGCCGUGCAGAUUGGGCUGGUGGACAUGCUGCGCAAGGAGUAUGGGAUUGUGCCGGCCGGUAUGCUGGGCCACUCCGCGGGCGAGAUUCCCUGCGGCUAUGCCGACGGCUGCCUCACCCGUGAGCAGACCAUCCUCAUCGCCUACCACAGAGGCCGCAUGGCACCGGAGCACAACGUGACGGGCGGCCUGAUGGCGGCCGUCGGCCUGAGCGCCGAAGCAGCCGACGCGCGCCUUAAGAAGGAGGGCCUGCAGAACACUGUGGUCGGCUGCGACAACUCCCCCGUCAAUGUCACCCUCGCAGGCCCCGCGGAGGAGCUGGCGCCGCUGUGCGCAAAGCUGAAGGACGAGGGCGUCUUCGUGCGCGAGUUAGACACCCUGGGCAUCGCAUAUCAUUCCCCCGCGCUCAACCCCUUCUGCGACAAGCUGCGCCGCGUGCUGACGGCGGUCGUGCCUCAGCCCAAGGAGCGCUCUGCCAAGUGGCUGUCCACUUCCUACCCUCUCAACUCCGAGGAGGUCGGCUCCAAGCUCUGCGGCCCCGACUACCACGUGCAAAGCUACAAGUCGCGCGUGCAGUUCAAGGCGGCCUGCGCGGCGAUCCCCGAGGACGCCAUUCUGCUGGAGGUCGGCCCGCACGCAAUCAUGCGCGCGCCGCUGCGGCAGAACUGCGCGGCGCUGCCGUACGUGGGGUCGAUGAAGAAGGGAGAUGACGCAACUCUGUCCCUGCGCGAGGCCGUGGCCGGGCUGUGGCGCAAGGGAGCUGCGCUCAAGUGGGCCGUCCCCGAGGACGACCAGACUGAGCUGCCGCGUGACAUCCGUGAGAAGCUGGUGAGCUGGAACCACACCCAGGAGUACGACUCGGCAGGCUACCAGGACUACGCCAGCCGCCUGGGCGGAGGCCAGUACGAGAAGAUCUGGGAUCUCGGCGGCGACCACAAGUUUCUGGCGGAUCACGUGGUGGACGGCCGCAUUCUGAUGCCGGCCACGAGCUACGUGGUGACGGCGUGGGAGGCUCUGUGCAGCAUGAAGUCGCGCAAGAUGGAGGAGACCCCCGUGGCCUUUGAGGACGUCCAGAUCCGGCAGGCAGUCACCGCCGAGGAGGGGCAGAAAAUCGCUCUGGCUGUGCUCAUUGCACCGGACAACCGCUUCAACGUUCUGCACUCGGGCGACCUGAUCUGCGAGGGCAUGAUCAAGAUGCUGGCAGAGCCCGCCAAGACUGAAGAGCCCAAGGAGGAGAAGGCUGCACCCGCCGCUCCCGCUGCCGAGGCAGUCAAGGAGGAGGCAGCAGCACCAGUGGAGGCUGCCCCAGCUGCGGAUGCGCCGGCUGCCAUCGAGGCGGCCGAGGCGGCAGCGCCGUCGGCAGAGGCGGUGCCCGGGGCCGAGGAGGGCGCGAAGAAGGAGGAGCCAAAAGAGGAGAACCCCGGUGACAAGGACGAGCUGUGGAUGCACAAGUGGGGCUUUGGCCCCAUGGAGACAAUCCAGAGCGAGGCCUUCUACCGCAUGAUCGGCCGCACCGGGAUCACCUACGGUGACACCUUCCGCAUGGUCAAGCGCGUCGCCAGCUCCGACGCUGCCGCCAUGAUGCGGUGGGACCAGUGCUGGAUCCGGCUGCUGGAUGGCAUGUUGCAGCUGAGUGUGGCGGGCACAACCGACUACGAGCUGCGCAUCCCCACGCGCAUCCGCUCCAUCCUCAUCAACUGCGCAGCCGGCACACCCGACGGCCAGAUCUACGUGACCAUGGACCGCUUCAUGGGCACUGUGACCAACGAGCUGGCGACCAUCAGUGGCCUCGAGCUCACUGUGGCACCCCGCAGAGCAGCCCACCUCACCCACAAGACGAUUACGGACCACGUGAAGUUUGUGCCGUACGGGCUGAGCGUGAACGAUGACGAGGCGCGCAUCCAGUACAUGUCAGACAUGAAGGGGUACUGCAAAGCCGUCCUGCUGCCCUGCUUCGACCUGUACGAGGAAGUCCACGGGAGCCUGCCCAAGCACCUGUCCGAGAUCCGGCGUCUGUGCCUGAGCCUGAAGGAGGUCUGCCCGGAGGGCGAGGCCCUGGAGGCGAUGCUCAGCAAUCCAGACCACGUUCUGUCGCGCAUCUCGCGGGACAUCUCGCGGCCAGACGUCGCCGUCAAGAGCCUGACUCACCCCAUGCAGGCGAUUGUGGCGCACCCAGAGCACGACACGGUGUAUGUGAAGGACCCGGCCUGCCGCUCCUUCUCCUACGACACCCUCAAGCUCUUCAUCGAGAUCAUCCUGGAGAACAUGCCCACCGGCUUCCGCGUGCUGGAGGCAGGAGCAGGAACCGGAGGGUUGACUAAGGAUGCACUGCCGCUGUUUGAGACGGACAUGCACCACGAGCUGCUGCGCUACACAGCCACAGAUAUCACCUCGGCCUUCUCUGCCGGCCUGAUCGAGUCCGUCAAGAGCCCCAAGCUCAUGUUCAAGAACUGGGACAUCAAUGAGGAGCUGCCUGCUGAGGUGGAGGGCCCCUUCCACGUGGCAGUGGCCACCAACGUGCUCCACACCGGCAAGAACCUCAAGACGGUGCUGACAAAUAUAUACGAUGCGCUGCACGACGGGGGCUUCCUGCUCUUCUUCGAGAUGACCACGGUGCUGCCGACGCUGCUGUGGGGCCUGGACGCGCAGUGCUGGAACUUUGAGGACGAGCGCGAGUUCGGCCUCUGGGUCAACCGCGAGCGCUGGGAGCGCCUGCUGGAGGAGGUCGGCUUUUCAAAGGUGUCGGUGCACACGGAUGAGGCCGACUUUGCAGCGCUCUUCCUGUACCGCAAGAUCGCCAAGGAGCCCGUGCAGGAGCAUCUGCUCAUGUCCGGCCCCGAGGUCGGCGCCACAGCCGAUGAGAUGAAGGUGUGGCUGACGGACUUCCUGGCCAAGGAGAAGCAGGUGGCUGGAGUGAAGGACGAGCCGAAAGAGGGCGAGGCUUCUGCCGAGGAGGCAGCCGCACCUGCUGUCAGCGCAGAGGCACCCGCACUUGAAGGCGGUGAGGCGCAGCCAAAGGAAAAGGUGCCGGAGCGGCGGCUGUGGCUGUACGGCAGCGUGGCGGCGUCACCCGGCACGAGCGGCCUCUACCGCACCGCGCGCACCGAGCCGAUGGGCGAGCGGCUGCGGCUGCUGUUCAACGGCGAUCCCGUCCUCACCCAUGCCCGCGGCAACAAGCAGGACCCCGCCGAGGCGGACGCCAUGCUGGCCACGGCCAUGAAGCUGGACAUGUGCCAGAAUGUCUUUGUGGACGGCAAGUGGGGCACCUACAAGAUGAUUAAGGUCUGCUGGGACCCGGAGGAGAAGCUGCCGAGCGAGACCCGUUACGGUGCGCACAUGGACAUCGGGCAGUACGGAGACCUCAGCACGCUGCGCUGGGUGGAGAACGAGUUUGACCCUGCGCCCAACAUGAAGCACUGCGAGGUCACCUAUGGCGCGCUGAACUUCAAGGAUGUCAUGCUGGCGUACGGCAAGCUGAACCGGGACAUGAUGAGUAACGGUUACGUCGGCUGCAUGCUGGGCUUUGAGUUCUCGGGCAUGCUGGAGGGACGCCGCAUCAUGGGCGUGGCCAAGCAGGCCAUCGCCACCCACGUCUUCGCCCGUGACUACCUGGUGUGGGACAUCCCCAAGGCGUGGUCGCUGCGCGACGCGGCCACGGUCCCGGUGGCGUACCUGACCGCUUACUACGCGUUAGUCAUGCGCGGCGGCCUCGAGAAGGGCCACAAGGUGCUCGUGCACUCCGGCACCGGCGCCGUCGGCCUGGCCGCCAUCCGCAUCUGCCUGCACCGCGGCUGCGAGGUGUUUACGACGUGCGGGUCUGACCGUAAGAAGGCGUACCUGCUGAAGACCUUCCCGGGACUGCGAGAGGACCACAUCGGCAACUCGCGCUCCACCUCAUUCGAGCACAUGAUCAUGCACCAGACGAAGGGAGAGGGCGUGCACAUGUGCCUGAACAGCCUGGCGGACGACAAGCUGACGGCCAGCGUGCGCUGCUUGGCGGCCAACGGGCACCUGCUGGAGAUCGGCAAGUAUGACAUCCUCAAGGGAACUGCCCUCUCCAUGCGCCCCAUGCACGACAACAUCACCUUCCACGGCAUCAACCUCGACUCCCUUUUCAAGGGCGCCCAGAAGGACGCGGUGUGGGAUGCGCACAAGCACCUGUCGAGGGGCAUGGAGUCUGGUGAGGUGCAGCCGCUGCCUUGGACUGUCUACUCGCGCGAUCACGCCCAAGAGGCCUUCCGCUUCCUGGCCGGAGGCACGCACAUGGGCAAGGUGCUGAUCCAGGUCGGCGCGAGCGAGGAGGCACGCGCGGCUGCAAAGACGGCCGCCGCCACCGGCGCGCCGGCACCGGCGCUGGUGCUGCCGCGCAGCAACGUGCCCGAGGAGAUCCAGCCUGUCGAGGAGAAGGAGGAAGCCGCAGAGGCCAGCAGCUCUGAGGGAGCGGCGGCUGAUGCGAAGGCGGCUCCUGAGGUUGAGGAGGGCACGGAGCCGGCGCCGCGCAUGAAGAUACUGGAGAAGUUCAUCGCGCGCGAGGAUCGCACGUACUUGAUCACCGGCGGCCUGGGCGGCUUCGGUAUGGCCCUCGCCGCUUGGCUGGUCGGCCGCGGCGCCAAGAAGCUCGUCCUGUCUUCCAAGCGGGGCCUGCGCACGGGGGAGCAGAUGAAGACGGUGCAGAUGCUGCAGAGCGAGGGGGUCCUGGUGGAGGUCUCCCUUCUGGACUGCGGCGACCGCGACGAGGCCGCGCAGCUUCUGGCCGACUGCGCGCGCAUCGCGCCCCUCGCCGGCAUCUUCCACCUCGCCAUGGUGCUGGAGGACCGCCUCAUCAUGAACCACGAUGGCGAGAGCUGGAACAGGGCAAUCAAGCCCAAGGCGCUGGGCGCGUGGAACCUGCAUGAGCUGUCGCAGUCAGCUGACUCACUGGAGCAGUUUGUCGUCUUCUCAUCCGUCGUGUCCUCCAUCGGUCACCAGGGCCAAGCCAACUACGGGUACGCAAACGCUGCAGUGGACUCGCUGUGCCAGGCGCGCCGUAUCGCCGGCCUGCCAGGACUCAGCCUGCAGUGGGGGCCCAUCGCCGAUGUCGGCUUUGUGGCAGAGAUCAUGAAGGGGAAGCUGCAGGGGCGGCUGCUGGAGCACUCCACGCCGCAGCCAAUCGACGAGUGCCUGGCCAUUCUGGGAGACGCGAUCGUGCGCCAGAACUCGCUCAGCCCCGUCAUGUCCAUCUUUGCCAAGGCCGUCAAGGACGGCGACGGUGAUGAUGACGAUGGCAAGGGGUUGGUGGAGAUGGUGAUGGAGCUGCUGGGCAUCGACCCCAACUCCAUCGGCGAGGAUGACAACCUGGCAGGCAUGGGCAUCGACUCCAUGCAGGUUGUGGAAGUCCGCGCGCGCAUCCAGCGCGCCCUCGGCCGCCCCAUCCCCCUCGAGGAGAUUGGGUCGCUGACGCUGCGGAAGCUGAGGGAUCUGGAAAAGGAGUCAGGCAUGACCGGAGGCGCCAAGGACGGCGCCAAGAAGAAGGCCCCUGCAGAGGAGGUGCCCGAUCCAGAGGAGUCGAUGGCUGCGGCCUCAACCGGGCCGACAGAGAAGCAGCCUUUGCUGCCGGCCGCCGGCGCGGCCGCGGUCGGGGCGGCGGCUGCCGCAUCCGGACAGGCGGCUGCCACGCAGGGGCCGGCACCAGCCGCGCCUGCGCCGUCAUCUGGCAGCGCACAAAACGUGCAGCUGCAGCAGAAGCAGCCAAAGGAGACAGUGAUACAAAUGCCGGCGGCGCCGCAGCCGCCGAAGCAGAAGCAGGAGGCCAAGGUGGGGCCGACGCAGAGCAUCUGGGGGGCGAUCUGGUGGUCUCUGGCGACCGGCGCAGGAAUGGUGUACCUCGCAACUGUGCUCUGCCUCUGCGCGUGGCCCAUUGUGCACUUCAUCGUCAAACUCGGCUUCCACGCCAGCCUGUGGGCGCUGCUACCGGCGAUCCCAGCGGCGUGGCUGUGCUUCGGCGCGCUGCUGAUGUCAGCGACGGUGGUGACCAAGCACGCAUUCCAGCCGCCGCUGUACGCGCACCGGCCCAUUCCCAUGUUCGGCUGCGAGUUCUUCCGCUGGUGGCUCGUGCAGCGCAUGACUGGCCUCACCACCGUGCUCUUCGCCGACCAGCUGCGUGGCACACCCUUCCUCGUCUGGUGGUUCCGGGCCCUGGGGGCGCGCAUCGGGCGCAACGUGUACAUCGACAGCCUGGACUUCUCCGACUUUGACCUGAUCAACAUCGGCGAUGACGUGGCCAUCAACGAGGGCGCCACUCUGCUGGGCCACUACUUCAAGGACGGCCUGCUGCACUUUGGCGAGGUGAUCGUGGAGGACCGGGUCCGCAUAGAGCCGUACGCGGCGGUGCAGCCGGGCAGCCGUCUGGAGGCGGGCGCGCAGCUCAAGGCGCUGCGCAAGAGCCGCUCCAAGCUGGUGGCCGAGAAGAAGGACCCCCUGGCCCUGAUGAAGGCCCUCGGCCAGCAGGCCGCCGCCGCCAAAGCGCGCGCAGCCGGCAACGCCAUGCUCGCCACCCGCGACCUCUACGCGCCGCUGGCAUGCACCGCGCUGCACCCGUGCGUGGCGUCCCUCCUGCAGCUGGCUGCCCUGUACCUCAUGGGCAUCGUCAUGGUCCUCUGCUCCUACCUCGGCUACACAGUCACCGCCACCAUCCUCCAGGGUCUGGGUGUGGGCACGGGUCUAACGACGUACACACCAGGCUUUGCAGCUGCGGGCAUCAUCGCGCUGAUGUCACCCCUCUACCUGGCAAUCCUCCCUGUCAUCUCCCCGGAGCUGAUGGGCGGCGCUGGCGCGGUUUACGAGGCGUUCCUGCGCGCAUGCACCAAAACAGGCAUCUUCGGAUUCCUGGCGGCAUUCAUUGCCGGGUUCCUUGCGUACGGCCUGGCGCUCGCGGCCGCCACCAUCCUGCUCAAGUGGCUCCUCGUGCAGCAGAUGCAUGCCGGCGUGCACAAGCGGCACUCGUGGAUCGGCGUGCGCUUCUGGGCGAGCCAGCGGAUGGUGGAGAACGCGUUCCGCCGAUUCGUCGCGUACGCGCAGGGCACAUGGCUGAUCUCCGUCUGGCUGCGCUGCCUCGGAGCGCGCAUUGGGAACUGGGUUACCUUCCGUUUCUGCAACGUUCAGACCGCACCCGACAUGCUCAACAUUGGCGACGGCACGCACGUGGGCGACAUGGCCAACAUGGUCUCCUCGCUCGCCAUCGACUCUACUUCGAUGCUCGUGGCUCCCAUCGACAUCGGCAAGCAGGUGGUGUUUGGGGUCACGGCGGUCAUCAUGCCGGGCACGAUCCUGGGCGACGGCGCGGUGCUCGGGGCCAUCGCCGCUGCCGACAUCGGGCAGGAGCUGGGCAGCAACGCGCUCUUCAUGGGCGUGCCUGCCAUCUCCACCUCGCAGCACCAGACCGGGCCGAUCACCACGCCAAAGGGGGCGUUCCAGCACGCGCUCUACUGGGUGCUCCCGGCCCUGCAGCCGCUGGUGACCCUCCUCGUCUCGGCCCUCGCGCUCUUCACGAUCGCACUCACCGGCGUGGCCGCUCUGCGUUUCCUGCCGUACGUGGCUCCUCUGCUGCUUCUUCCAGCGUUGUGGCUGGGGCUGCUUGCCCUGUCGCUGCUGAUUUCGGCGCUGCUCAAGUGGGUGCUGCUGGGCCGCGCGCAGCCGGUGGCCUACUCCAAGUACACCUGGGCCUUCCAGAGCAAGGUCAUCAACGCCUCCAUCACGGACCGGCUGUUGAAUGUGGGCCUGCUGGAGGCAGCGCGCGCGUCAUGGUGGCACUCCAGCUUCCUCAAGGGCGCCGGCGUCAAAAUUGGCCGCGGCGUCUACUUCGACACCCUCAGCUUCUCGGACUUUGACCUGUUGACGGUGGAGCACGGUGUGGCAGUGGACCGCAACGCAUGCGUCUUCUGCCACGUGGGCAUCUACAAGCACGGCGCCUUUGUCAUUGACCAGGCGCGCAGCACGUUUGGCGCCAACUCCGUUGUUGGCGCGCGGGCGGCGACUGUGAUGGGAUAUAACUCGGAGCCGGACUCACAGCUGCCUGUGCUCGAACUCGGGUUCAAGGCGGUCAUGCCGACAGGGUUUGACCUGGUCUAGGGCUCACGACCAUAACUCCCUGGACCCCAGGGGGCUUCUAGCGACACAGAGCGCGCGUGAUGAUGUCAGACACCGUGAGUGACUGGACUCGGCAAAGACAGCGCGCUGCCUCCCUGAUGCAGGCAACAGACUUGCCAGGGACCUCGCUUUCAGCAGCACUGGUUCUGCAGCACUGUCUUCAUGGACGAUAAGGCUCUUGGCUUUGGAGGUCAGGACCCUGUUGAGAAAUGGGCAGCAAAGGGGCGUACUGCUCUGAUGCCAAGUUGAAUCCACUGGGGCACACUGACAGCACUACUGUGGCUGCCCAGUCCGACCCCUGACGAGUCCCUUAGCACAGCUGUCUUGAUAAGGAACCCGCGGCUGGGACGUCCUUUUCUGAUUGACCCAGGGAGCGCAGCAAGUGGGAAGAGAGUGCGGUGUGCCUCAGGGGAGAGCCGAGGACAUGCAGGGGACAAGAAUUGCACUUGAUUUGAACAGACACAAGAGUGGCAAGAUUGCAGAUGAACAAGAGGGACAAGUAAGGGAAUUUGCACUAUUGAACAUGGGGCUCUGUUGGGAAGUUGUCCUGCCUCUUCAAUGGGGGCAGCGCUGUUUUCCCUCGAGGCCCUGGUUGUUAGGAACCGAACUGUUUGGCACAUUUGCUGCCUUGUGGAUAGGUUAGGUACCACACUGUUGCAGCUGAGUGAUUUCAUUGAGUUCUUUCCCGCACUUCCACUGACUGGACAUUAUUGGCUCUGCACUCAGACGCUCGUCAUUGCCGGCACACUCUGCCACAUGGCAUUACUAAGGUUGCUAACCUGGCUGCAUCAGGAGGACGUGCGAUGGCGCCAUACAUGUCCUUCUUGUGCUGGGGCUCGUGACCAUAUCUGUUCGUGAGUGCUAAAGUCUGAAUUUGAUUUUCUUCUAUUCCAUUCGGUUGAUGCCGCAGAUGUAAUAUUCUGUGACGAUUA